ACUUUCAGAACCACGAUGGUUCGUUAUGCAGCGGAGCCCGAGAACCCUGCCAAAUCGGCAAAGGCGAGGGGUUCAUACUUAAGAGUACACUUUAAGAAUACUCGGGAGACAGCCCAGGCCAUAAAACACAUGCACCUGAAACGUGCCUCUCGAUACCUGAAAAACGUGAUUAAAAAGGAAGAAAUUGUUCCUUUCAGAAGGUUCAAUGGAGGAGUUGGACGCAAGGCUCAGGCUAAGCAGUUCAAAACCGUUCAGGGUCGGUGGCCAAAGAAAAGUGCAGAAUUUUUGCUGCAGCUGUUGAAGAAUGCCGAAAGCAAUGCUGAAUUCAAGAGCCUGGACACAGACCACCUUGUGGUAGAGCACAUCCAGGUAAACCCUGCCCCCAAGAUGAGGAGACGAACGUACAGAGCUCACGGCAGAAUUAACCCGUACAUGAGCAGCCCUUGUCACAUUGAGGUGAUCUUAGCAGAGAGAGAACAGGCCAUCCGCACUCCAACAGAAGAUGAACCUGUCAAAAAGAAAGUCUCACAGAAGAAGUUAAAAAAACAGAAGAUGAUGAUGAGAGAUUGAGACUCCCUAACAGCUGCAAUGAUGUGUUUGCGAAAAAAUAAAUAUGACAAGUGGAAAA